CUGCCCCGGAACCGACGCGCACGGCUCUCUCGCCUCGGCCCCCCAAGAACGGCAAGCGCGCGGCGGGCAGGCAACACCGCGAUCCCCGGCGUCGAUUUCAGUUCGCGCGACGUGCGUCGUCCAUGGCGAGUGCGAAGGUGAUGGUGCUCGCGGUCCUCCUCCUGGCGGCGUCGUCGGCCUCCGUGGCCAGCGCCGGCCGGACCGACCCCGCGGCGGCCGGCGCCUCUUCUCUUGACCAGGGAUCGACGGCUGCGGGGGAGCGCGGGUGCGAGGGGGCGAACGACGAGGACGAGUGCAUGAUGAGGCGCACGCUGGCGGUGCACACCGACUACAUCUACACCCAGGAGCAUCACAACUAGUUUCACCCUAUCCUAGUAGCAGUGGUCAUAUACAUCGUAGCAGUAACUUUUGUGCAUGCAUGUCUUCUCUGAUCUGUUCGUGUGAAUUCAGUGCAUGGGGCGUUGGAUAAACAGUUUGAACUGUAGGCUUCCAUGCCAUUGCGAUCCGACCUCCUCCAGGUUUUGAUUUGUCCGAACUUUCACAAUCAGGAAUAAUCUUCAGAACGCAUGAAUUUCA